AUGUGGAAGAAAAAGCUGCGGAUCAGCAGGGCUCGAGCUGCGGUUCUGGCUGAGAAGACCGAAGUGUUGAGCGAUGACCUCCUGCAGGCGGAGAAGCGUCUGGAGCUGGUCAAGCAGGUGUCGCACAGCACCCACAAAAAGUUGACGGCGUGUCUGCAGAGCCAGCAAGGGGUGGAGGUGGACAAGAAGUCUGUCAGAUCUCCCCUGAAGAAGCUUCCUCUCGCAAUGCUCGCGCAAUGUAUGGAAGAAGGUGCAGCCGUGCUGGGGGACGAGACCAUGUUAGGGAAGAUGCUGAAGCUGUGCGGCGAGACGCAGGACAAACUUUCCCAGGAACUCAUUUUGUUCGAAGUCACUAUCGAGAAGGACGUCAUGGACCCGUUGUAUGAUCUCUCUGAGGUGGAAAUCCCAAACAUCCAGAAACAAAGGAAACAUUUAGCCAAACUGGUCCUGGACAUGGACUCUGCGCGUACAAGGUAUUAUCAGUCCAGCAAGUCGUCGGGCCUGUCUAGCAACUUGCAGUCCAGCGGUGCUAAGGCAGACCACCUUAGAGAGGAAAUGGAGGAGGCCGCCAACAGAAUGGAGAUCUGUCGGGACCAGUUGUCCGCAGACAUGUACAGCUCCAUAGCCCGAGAACUCGACUAUGCAAGCUACUUCCAGACGCUAAUUGAAGUCCAGGCUGAGUACCACAGGAAGUCACUGGAGCUGCUACAGAACAUUCUGCCUCAGAUUAAAGCUCAUCAGGAGUCGUGGGCAGAAAAGCCUUGCUACGGGAAGCCACUGGAAGAGCACUUAGAGCUCAGUGGGAGAGAUAUUGCUUUCCCCAUCGAAGCUUGUGUCACCAUGCUGCUGGAGUGCGGCAUGCAAGAGGAGGGUUUGUUCCGAGUGGCUCCGUCUGCCUCGAAGCUGAAGAAACUCAAGGCGUCUUUAGACUGCGGCGUGCUGGACGUUCAGGAGUACUCUGCCGACCCACACGCCAUCGCGGGAGCUUUGAAAUCUUACCUGCGCGAGCUCCCCGAGCCCCUCAUGACAUAUGAGCUUUAUAACGACUGGAUUCAGGCCUCAAACAUCCCGGACCAGGACAAGAGGCUUCAGGCUCUCCGUGGCGCUUGUGACAAAUUGCCGCCGGCCAACAACAACAAUUUCAGAUAUCUGAUUAAGUUUCUGUCCAAGCUGACGGAAUACCAGGACGUGAACAAGAUGACUCCUGGGAAUAUUGCCAUUGUGCUGGGGCCCAACCUGUUGUGGACGCAUAGCGACGGGAACAUCACAGAGAUGAUGACCACAGUGUCCCUGCAGAUCGUCGGUAUUAUCGAGCCGAUCAUCCAGCAUGCCGACUGGUUCUUCCCUGGAGAAAUCGAGUUCAACGUGACGGGCAACUACGGCAGUCCCGUGCACGCCAACCAUAACGCCAACUACAGUUCCAUGCCAUCUCCCGACAUGGAGCAGAUGGAGAGGCGGCAGAACGAGCAGAGUCGAAGGCCGCUCAGCGUCGCCACCGACAACAUGAUGCUGGAGUUUUACAAGAAAGACGGCAUCAGGAAGAUACAGAGCAUGGGUGUCAGGGUGAUGGACACUUCAUGGGUGUCCCGCAGGGGCUCAUCGUCCUCACGUAAAACCUCCACACCGCCCGCAGACGCGGUUGUCCCCGAGCAGUCCGGGGACCCUUUGGGGUCCCCCUCCCCCACCCCUUCUUCCACUAACAGCGAGCGAGCCAGCUCGGAUGACCCGUCGGACUCCUGUAACACCCGCCCCUCCCCCGAGGAGGAGAGGCCGCCCCCCCCUUACCCCUCUUCCUCACCCUUCUCGCUCCCUCCCCGACACUUCCACACCCGAGCACCACCCGGUAUGCGCCCGCUCUCCCGCAGUCCCGAAUGCGUGCCCACCGGGCCAGUGGUCGUCCCUCGCCGCACGGGUUACAGCCCCCCUCCGUUCCUCCACUCCCUAUGUCCAUCCCCUCAGCCCCUCGACAUCAAUUCCAACCCCCGAGCCCAAAAUUCCUCACUCUCAACCAAGCAAGCCUCCCCGUCCGAGCCCCCGCAUGCCGACACCAACGGCUCUUCCCUUUACAUAAAACCCCCACUCGUUCUUACUCGCCACGAUCUUUUCCCGGGCACCCCACUAUCCGUCCCCCCUUCUUGGGCCACCUGUAGCCGAGAGAGAGGACGCAAGGCCGCUAGCACUCUGAAGAACAAGGAACUGUCUCCAGUGAUCGGGCAGAAAGGAUUCCAGGCGACGCUGACUUGCGGCAGCCCGUCAGAGCACAGCCCGCAUACACUGAGGAGAGCAAAGAAGCUGGCUCCAAUCCCACCUAAAGUUCCCUACAGCCAGACGGGGGCCGUGUCGGAGCCGUCCACGGGGCAGCCGUCUCCGGUCAGCCUGUCGCCAACGCCCCCCAGCACGCCGUCGCCGUACGGUUUCGGUUACCCGCAGGGUUACGCCACCGUUGGUUCGAUGGGACACGUCCAGACGGCCGGCGCGCCGUCUCUGUCCUCGCCGCCCUCGCUGGGAGGGACACUCACAAAGGCGCGGCCCACUCCCAAGCCACCCCGGCAGAGGCCCAGCUUGCCUCCCCCGCAGCCGCCCUCCACCCCCGGUACCAGCCCUCAGCCGCUGGAGAACUCGUCCGGCUUGCUGGAUGGGUUGUCACCUGGAGAGAGCAUGUCCACAGAUUCCUUCUGCAACCUCGACAUUCCCAUCAUCAACAUGGAGCUGGACGGCCUUCUGGAUUUGGCGCACAUCUCCCACCUCAGGCACUCGGUGGCACUGCUGGACUCGAGCCGCCUCAGAGCCGCCGAGUCGGAGAAGGGGGAGGAUUCGGAGAGCACGGUGCUAUGA